AUGUAUGGCUUUAUGGACAUUGUCUGCAUAGGUCUCAUAAUUCACGAAGGCUCAUCGGUAUAUCGGAUCUUCAAGCGAUGGCAAGCCGUCAAUCAGCAGUGGAAAGUUCUGAACUAUGACAAAACUAAGGACCUUGGGGAACCUAUAACUGGGACUACAAAGCUUGGGGGAAGGAAUUCACGGACGAACCAUUCCUCUCACAAUGACAGAGGCCCGGGGCGGAGCCAGCGGGUUAGGACUAUAUUUAAACCAUCACUGUGGUUAUACAAUUCUACACAUCCUCAGCCACCUGCGGCCUAA